AUGUCUGCCGCAACGGAUAAGGCUCGGUACUUUCUUGAGAAGUCGGUUCCUGAGCUGAAGGAAUUCGAGAAGAAGAAGCUUUUCAGCAAGGAUGAAAUUACCUCAAUUAUCAAGAAGCGGUCGGACUUCGAGCACAAGUUGAAUGCGCGUGGCGCAAAGCCCGUCGACUUUGUCCGUUAUGUCGAAUAUGAGAUCAAUCUCGAUACUCUCUGCAAAAAGCGAACCAAGCGCAUGGGAAUUCGGUCGGCAGGACACAGCGGUCAGCGACGGAUUCUGUUUAUUCUCGACCGUGCCACACGCAGGUUCCACGGCGAUCUCAACCUCUGGAUUCAAUACAUCGAAUACACCCGGAAACAGAAGGCCUAUAAGAAGCUCUCCAUGAUCCUCACCGAUGCCCUGCGAUUCCACCCCACCAGCGCAGAGCUAUGGAUCUAUGCCGCAAAGUACUCCCUGGAUGAGCAUGCCGAUAUGUCCCAGGCGAGAAGUUAUUUCCAGCGCGGUCUGCGAUUUUGCAAGGGUGCCCGACUCCUAUGGAUUCAAUAUGCGAAGCUGGAAUUGAUCUAUGUCGCUAAGCUCAUGGCUCGUCAACGGAUCUUGGGAUUGGACGAGGCCAGCCAACGGCCCAAGGCCGUCGAGUCCGCCGCGGUGGAUCACGAUGCCGACAUGAUUGCGGUCCCUGAUAUCACCGAGGAGGAUAUCAAUCCGACAGUGGAGGGUGAUGAGGUUGACAAACAUGCCCUUGAAACGCUGAACGCGACCCCAGCUCUCAGCGGUGCCAUCCCGUUGGCCAUUUUCGAUUCUGCCAUGAAAAACUUCAAGAACGACGAUCAGUUUGGGUUCGACUUCUACAAGAUGGUGUCAGAGUUCGAUGAUGUGCCGUGUCUUUCCAAGAUCCUUAACCAUGUGGUGGAGAACAUGCAGGCUCACAAACCCACCAGCCCUCGGACAUUGAUUUGUUACAUCCAACUCCCAACCACAGGGGUUCGAGUCACAGCUCCAGAAUUCCCUCGUGCAUUGGGAAGUUCGCUUGCUCGUUUGAAGGAGUCGCAGCCGCUUAGUGCCAAUCUUGCUCAGGAAGUGGUGAACUGGUUGAAGCCGCUGGCCGAGACCGAGGAUCUGGAUCCUUCGUUGAAGAAGGUCAUUUUGUCCACGAUGCGCAAUGCCGAGCGAACAUUGUCGGAAUGA